ACUGAACCCAUGUGGGGUUACUUCACAUCAAUAGCAGGACAAGAUGGUGAAGUUGAAGCCGAUAAACUUCAGAGGUGUCUGACACAAUCUGGUUUCAGUGGCAGCUAUUUAACGUUCAGUUUGGAGACCUGCAGAGUAAUGAUUGCUAUGCUGGAUAAGGAUAUGACUGGGAAAAUAAGAUUUCAAGAAUUUAAAGAACUUUAUGCUUCUUUGAGCACCUGGAAAAGGAAUUUCAUGAUAUUUGAUCAGGACAGAAGUGGAACUAUGGAACCGAAUGAGAUGGUCCAAGCCCUUGCCACCAUGGGGGAAGAGAUCAGCCCCUACAUAAUUUCUGGCAUUGUGAAGCAUUACAGCAGGGAAGGAAAGGUCUUUUUUGAUUACGUGCUGUGCUGUGUAAAACUUCAAGCCCUUACAGAUUAUUUUAGGAGGAGAGAUGUAAUGCAAACAGGAAACGUCAACAUUUCAUAUGAUGAUUUCAUACAAUGUACGUUGUCAAUCUGAAUGCUUGCACUUGUGCCUGACCUGGAAAUGAAGAUUUAUGCAACAUGACCACAGAACUGGAACCCCAGGGAGCUAAGACCAGGAGCAUUUCGGA